AUGCCUGUGAAGUUGAGGCGCGACCGCUCGAGCCUUGUGAAGAAGCACGCCGCCACGGUGCUUGCCGCCUGGGGCUCUCCAGUAGCACAGCACGAGGCAAGCCCAGCAAGAUUUGCCGAAGCGCAGUGGCAGAGCACGGUCAUGGCCCUGGUCGCGACCCUCCGCAAGUCCAGCGUGGACAGCGAGGCCAGCACGGUCGUUCCCGAAGAGACCGAAAGACAGUCGUCUGUCCAGCCUCUGGAACCAGUUCUACUGGAGCAAGUGCUGGCAGUUCUGGCGGUUGCCUUGGCCUGGAUGAUGCCCCUCCCACUUUGCAUGGGGUGUGCCACUUUUCUGAAGGGUCGCCGUGGUGCGACUCCUGCGAUUUUGCUGGCGCUGCUGCUUCGGUCUUAUCGUCGCAGGACAGUGCCAAGGAUCACUUCAUAG